CUGGGUAGGUAUGGCUCUCUUCACAGCUCAGUAUCUCAGCGUUCACGCUGGCUCUCUUUCUCUCCACAGACGACUGCUGGGACACAGGGACACAGUGAAUCGGUUUCAAGGGUUUCUCUCACCUCUGCGCUGGUUACAGCUUCUGGGUAGGUAUGGCUCUCUUCACAGCUCAGUAUCUCAGCGUUCACGCUGGCUCUCUUUCUCUCCACAGACGACUGCUGUAACACAGGGACACAGUGAAUCGUUUUCAAGGGUUUCUCUCACCUCUGCGCUGGUUACAGCUUCUGGGGUGGCGGGCUUACGCUGGCUGGCUACGCAAUACGUCGACUGGACAGUGGUUUCAAUGGGACGCCGGGGACCAAGACCCUCUCGGCGAGCUCGUUGGUUUACAGAGGGGCGAGAACGUCACGCCGGCACACCGGGUCGAGCGCUGCCCUUUCCUCGAGACCCGUUAGUCAAAUCGAAAACUGGACCGGGGUGCCCUUUCGUUGAGACCUCGGGGCGGCGGAUCUCUUUCGCCUCCAACUCUGUGAUGAUGGAAAAGACACAAAUCUACGAUCCAACCGAGAGAGAGCGCAAGUACAGCAAUCCAAAUAGCGUAUCCGGCGAGCCCAACUCAGCGCUACGAUACACACCACCAACAGGGAUAACAUCAGCCAAGACUGUGGUUUAA